UGCUCGCCUUCAAAACCAAUCCACUAGGUCCCAGAGUGCUUCGCGCUGCCGCCGUACAAAAACAUGGCGGACCUCAAGGCCCCUCCCUGAUCCCAGCAUGCACCGGGGAGUAGGCCCAGCCGUUCGGGUGGUCAGGAAGAUGGCGGCCUCUGGGGCGGAGCCGCAGAUCCUGGUACAAUACUUGGUGUUACGAAAAGAUCUAGCGCAGGCACCGUUCUCCUGGCCGGCGGGCGCAUUGGUAGCACAGGCUUGUCACGCAGCCACCGCUGCCUUGCACGUUCACCGCGACCACCCCCACACCACAGCGUACCUCCAGGAGCUGGGGCGCAUGCGCAAAGUGGUCCUCGAGGCCCCAGAUGAGACCACCCUAAAGGACCUGGCUGAGACCCUUCAACAAAAGAAUAUUGAUCACGUGCUAUGGCUUGAGCAGCCAGAGAAUAUCGCCACUUGCAUUGCGCUCCGGCCAUACCCUAAAGAAGAAGUGAAUCUGUAUUUGAAGAAGUUCCGAUUGUUCAAAUGACUGCUGCUUUGAUGUAUUCAAUAUCAGCUGAAUCCAGAAACAGCAUGCCAUCCAUCCCUAAGCAUCAUGUACUCCUUUCAGUGUCAACUUGCUCUUCCCUUUCAGUUAUGACGGUUUCUUGAGGGUCAAACAUAUGGUCCUAUUAAAGUUGUCAGUAGUAAGUA